AAGAAAAUAUAAUUAAUCACUUUUGAGAAAAAUCAACUACCCUGCCUUGAGUAGUAUCAUCAAUUUUGGGGGUUUUGUUUGAUUUUUCUUACAAUGUCGUCUGCUAAUGGGGUGCAUCUUGAUAUUGGAGAUCAUCACGUGGUUAUGGACAACGGCAUACUUAAAAUGACGCUGUCAAAGCCAGGGGGAGUUGUUACUGGUAUACGAUAUAAUGGCAUCGACAAUUUACUUGAAGUUCUUAACGAGGAAGACAAUAGAGGGUACUGGGAUCUUGUGUGGAGUAAAGCUGGAAGUACUGCAACCACCGGAACAUUUGACAGAAUGAAAGGGACAAACUUCAAGGUUAUAGUGGAAAACGAGGAACGGGUGGAGAUCUCAUUCACUAGAAAAUGGAAUACCUCUCUCCUAGACAAACGUGUCCCUUUAAACAUAGACAUAAGGUUUGUAAUGCUGGAUAAUUCGUCAGGCUUCUACACAUACGCCAUUUAUGAGCACUUAAAAGAAUGGCCUCCUUUCAACCUUCCUCAGACUAGGAUUGUUUUCAAGCUCAGAAAGGACAAGUUUCAAUACAUGGCAAUAGCUGAUAACAGGCAAAGACACAUGCCUUUUCCCGAUGACCGGUUACCGCCUAGAGGCAAAGAGCUCGCAUUCCCUGAGGCUGUACUUCUUGUGAAUCCUAUCGAGGCAGACUUCAAAGGAGAGGUGGAUGACAAGUACGAGUACUCGUGUGAGAACAGAGAUCUGAAAGUGCAUGGUUGGAUAUGCAAGAAACCGGGAAUAGGGUUCUGGCAAAUUACACCCAGUAACGAGUUUCGAUCUGGUGGCCCUCUUAAGCAGAACCUAACCUCUCACGUCGGACCUAUUACCCUCGCUAUGUUUCUUAGUGCUCACUAUGCUGGAAAGGAUAUGGUGCUGAAAUUCCAAUCCAACGAACCGUGGAAGAAAGUUUUCGGCCCUGUUUUCAUUUAUCUCAAUUCCGUCCCUAAUGAAACUGAUCCACUUCAGCUUUGGGAUGAUGCUAAGAUCCAGAUGAUGAUCGAAGUACAAAGUUGGCCCUACAAUUUUAUUGCUUCCAAGGACUUUCCAUCCUCGGACCAACGAGGUUGCCUUAGUGGUAGACUGAAAGUGAGAGACCGGUAUAUAUCUGAAGAAGAUAUUGUAUGUGGAGAAGAGGCUCAAGUAGGCUUGGCACCACCCGGUAAAGUUGGAUCAUGGCAACUUGAAUCCAAGGGCUAUCAAUUUUGGACAAAAGCAGAUGAGAAUGGUUAUUUCUCCAUAAACGAUGUUCGUGUAGGUCAAUACAAUCUAUAUGCAUGGGUCCCUGGUUUCAUUGGAGACUACAAAAAUGAUCUUCUCAUUAACAUAACUGCAGGUUGUGAUAUUGACGUGGGUGAGAUUGUGUACGAACCUCCAAGAGAUGGACCAACACUGUGGGAAAUAGGCAUUCCUAAUCGCUCUGCUGCCGAAUUUUAUGUGCCUGAUCCUAAUCCUAAAUACGUAAACCCACUUUAUCUACAUCACCCAGACAGGUUUAGACAGUAUGGAUUAUGGGAAAGAUACGCCGAGUUAUAUCCUGACGGAGAUUUGGUUUACACAAUUGGUGUUAACGAUUAUACCAAAGACUGGUUCUUUGCUCAUGUUACCAGGAGAACAGAUAAGGACACAUAUGAAGGCACCACUUGGCAAAUAAAGUUUGAUCUUGACAAGCCUAAUUAUAAUAGCGAGACUCCUACUACUGUGGAUGCAACUUUUCAACUCCGCAUAGCCCUUGCCACUGCAAAUGCCGCUCAGUUAGAGGUUCGAAUAAAUGAUCAGAAUGCAAAUCCUCCUCUGUUUAGUACUGGAGAAAUUGGACACGACAACACAAUAGCUAGACAUGGAAUUCAUGGUGUAUACAGACUAUAUAGCAUAGGCAUACCAGGAUCGCUACUUGUUAAUGGAAAAACUAAUACAAUAUUUCUAACACAGGCCAACAACACCAGCCCCUUACAAGGAUUCAUGUAUGAUUAUAUUCGUUUAGAAGCUCCUCGAUCUACAGGACAUGACAUGUAUAUUUAAGUUUCUGUAUUAAUUCUAUGUAUACCUAUUAAUAAGGGCACCUUUGGAUCAUAUUUAGUGUGCUGUAGCUGUAUCAUAAUUUAUUGUAAGUUAGUGCACAUUGACACCACGUUUACUACUUUGUAUUCUAAUUUAUUUUAUUAAGUUGGACUAUAUAUUACUAUC